UUGAUUGCGGAAGUUGCGUUCGCCGGGUGGAUCGUUCCGUAAUCUGGACCUCGUGAUCAUCCCCUUUUUAUUCACCUGAUCAUCCUCAGCAGCGGUUAGAUUGUGGCAGAUCCGAUCCAGAGGGAAACCAUAAAGACUCCGGCAGACCUUCACACAACACCGAGGAGGAGACCAUGUCUCUGCCAUGAGACAUCUGGAGCCAUGGUGGCUUGGCCACGCGUAACCGCCCUCUCUUCGCUGCUCCGGGUCGGCUUGUUGUUGUUGUUGUUGUUGUUGUUGUUGUUUUCGACUCGGAGCAGCGGGAGACCGCAGGACAAAUGUCUCGGGGACAAGUCUCGUCAGCCCACGAGACCCCCCGUGGUUCUCAUUCCGGGGGAUCUGGGCAACCAGUUGGAGGCGAAGCUGGACAAACCCAGUGUGGUCCAUUACAUCUGCUAUAAGAAGACCGACUCCUUCUUCACUCUGUGGCUCAAUGUAGAGCUGCUGGUCCCCAUAGCCAUAGACUGUUGGGUGGACAACAUCAGGCUGAUCUACAACAGGACCACACACACCACCUCGUCCCCGUCCGGUGUGGAAAUCCGUGUCCCGGGGUUCGGACAGACCUUUACGUUGGAGUAUCUGGACCCCAGCAAACGCAGUGUGGGCAUGUAUUUCUUCACUGUAGUGCAGGAGCUGGUCGAGUGGGGCUACACCAGAAACGAUGACGUCAGAGGAGCUCCCUAUGAUUGGAGGAAAGCCCCCAAUGAGAAUAAGGAGUACUUCCUGGCACUGCAGCAGAUGAUUGAAGAGAUGGCGGAGAAGGCUGGCGGGCCCGUGGUGCUCAUCGCUCACAGCAUGGGCAACUUGUACACCUUGUACUUCCUCAACCAGCAGCCACAGGCCUGGAAAGACAGAUACAUCAAAGCUUUCAUUGCUCUGGGACCGCCGUGGGCAGGCGUGGCCAAGACCAUCCGUGUGAUUACCUCUGGUGAUAAUAACCGCAUCCCAGUGAUCAGCUCGUUGAAGAUUCGCGCCCAACAACGUAGUGCUGUCACGACUUCCUGGAUGCUCCCCUAUGCCCACUCCUGGCCCAAAGAUCAGGUCUUGGUGCAGACACCCACCACCAACUACACUGUGCUGGACUUCAAGCGGCUCUACUCGGACAUCGGCUUUGAGGAAGGCUGGCUGAUGCGGCAGGACACGGAGUCGCUGGUGGCCGACCUCACGCCCCCCGGCGUGGCCGUCCACUGCCUGUACGGCAGCGGCGUCGCCACGGCGGAGGCCUUCCAGUACUCGGACAAGUUCCCCGACGUGGAUCCCACGCCGGUGCUCGGCGACGGGGACGGGACGGUGAACUUACUGAGCGCCGUCCAGUGCGGGCGGUGGGUGGGAAAGCAAAAGCAGCCGGUGACGUUGAAAGAGCUCCCCGGGAACGAACACGUGGACAUGCUGUUGAACUACACGACCGUGGCGUACAUCAAGACCGUGCUGUUCUCCCCGUGACGCCGCUGGUCACGAACUGAGGCCCUUGGCUUCAUCCACAUUGACAUUUUUAAACUCCACACAGCCAUAUAAAGGACAGACAGGGCCCGACUAAUCUCGCCUGUCUCUCUUAACACCGACUGCCAAAAUGUUCCCCUGUACUUAGGAAAAAUUAUUUUAAUUUUGUGGAAUUCAUUUUAAAUACAUUUUUAGUUGUAAUUAUACAAAUAAUGUUACAGCCAGGUUGUUUACUGUUGGGUAAGCCUGACUACAAAGACUUUUUAUAUCGGUCUCAGCUUUUUAAUAACCUGUGAAUUUACCUAUUUAAUCCACGAUAUGAUAUAGGACGCAUGUAUGCACAAGUCAAAAACCAGUGCUAUACUGUGUGUGUGCCACUUAAUCAAAGUCAGAUAUUUUUAUUAAUGUUGUGAAAGAGAUUUCUGGACUCUGUUACUACUACUGUUUUUGUGUCUUUCUCAGUGCAACAGGUCACAUGUCUCGGUAAACUUGCUUAAUUAUUUGUUUUUUGAUUUCUAGUGAUUUUUUUUUUUUUUUUUUGCAGUCAAGCUGUACGUCCCUGAUGGUCUGAGAGCUUUGUUUUAAUUGUGUUGUGCAUUUUUACCGUGUCGUGUGUGUGCGCUGAAGGACAGGAACCGUAUCCGGCAUAUUAACUUUAGUCAGGUUGAAGACGCACAAAAGUCAAACAAGAAUAAACGUUUACAAAUUUGAGCUCAAAGUCCAUUUAAUAGUAUCUUAUGGUUUAAUUGAAUGAAAGAAAUCCAGUUCAUCCAUCGAGUUUGCUCUAUUCAUCGAUGGAGACGAGAGGUACAGUUGGGAGCUCCAGGAAAAAAAAGUGAGCAAGUGGACUCCUAGUUAAGACUUGUUCUGUCAAACUCUCAAAACAAAUGAUUCAAACAUUUCAACCAAAUGAUGUGUCAAAGAAAUACACAACUUACCUCGAGGUCUAAUUACUAGCUCAUUUUCUAAGACUACAAACAAAUGAAUUUUAAAUUCUGCUUCUGUUUUUUUUUUUUUUUUUUUUUUUUUUAGUAGAGGCGGUAUUUUUCUUGGUGUUUUAGCAUUUGUAAGCAAUCGCAAGUUCUAAAAUUAAAUGACCUGCUUUAAAAAGCCAGGUGGCUUGAAGCACUGGAUGUUCACAGGCACAAAUGAGGGUACUUUUUUGGGUUGUUUUAUGGUAUAAAUCUGAUCUUGUUUCUCUUUUGACAGACUUAAACUUCACUUUAGAGGUUAAAAGUUGACUCCUUGUCUUUGUGAACAUGUAGUCAGAAUCUCUGUCCUGAGUGAUUGUACUGUGCCAUCCAGCCCUCACUGGGCCAGACCAAGACUUCAUAGCUGCUGUGAACUAUCAUAAAUGUGUGUAAUAAACAUGUGCGGCCUUCUAUAUAGUAAAAUAUUUCAAAUGUUA